AUGGCCAGGCGAGUCGCAGUGAUUGGGGCUGGUGUGAGCGGCCUGUCCUCCAUCAAGUGCUGCUUGGAUGAGGACCUGGAGCCCACCUGCUUUGAGAGAAGUAAUGACAUCGGAGGACUCUGGAAAUUUACUGAGAAUUCUAAAGAUGGGAUGACCAGGGUCUACAGGUCAUUAGUGACAAACGUCAGCAAAGAAAUGUCAUGUUACAGCGACUUCCCCUACCAAGAAGAUUAUCCAAAUUACAUGAACCAUGGAAAAUUCUGGAACUAUCUCCAAGAAUUUGCUGAGCACUUUGACCUUCUGAAAUACAUUCGGUUUAGGACCACAGUAUGCAGUGUCAGGAAGCGUCCGGACUUCUCCGAAACUGGUCAGUGGGAUGUUGUUACAGAGACAGAGGGAAAGCGGGACCGAGCUGUCUUCGAUGCUGUCAUGGUUUGCACUGGACAUUUCUCGAAUCCCCAUUUACCGUUGGAGUCCUUUCCUGGUAUUCACAAAUUUAAAGGCCAGAUCCUGCACAGUCAGGAGUACAGGAGCCCAGAAGGCUUUCAAGGCAAACGCGUGUUAGUGAUCGGCCUUGGGAACACUGGAGGGGACAUAGCAGUGGAGCUCAGUCGCACGGCAGCUCAGGUACUUCUCAGUACUAGAACUGGUACCUGGGUUGCCUACCGCUGCUCAGACGGGGGUUACCCCCUUAAUAUGGUAUUUACAAGAAGAUACCUUAAUUUUAUGGCUCAAGUUCUGCCCUCGUGUGUACAAAACUGGAUUCAAGAGAAGCAAAUGAAUAAAAGAUUUAACCAUGAGAAUUAUGGAUUAAGUAUUACAAAGGGGGAAAAACCAAAAUUAAUUGUGAAUGAUGAAUUGCCCACCUGUAUCCUCUGUGGAACCGUCACUAUGAAAACCAGCGUGAAGAAGUUCACAGAAUCCUCUGCUCUCUUUGAAGACGGAACAGUGGAGGAAAACAUCGAUGUUGUGAUCUUCACAACAGGAUACACAUUCUCUUUUCCCUUUCUUGAAGAACCUCUCAGAAGCCUGUGUACAAAGAAGAUAUUCCUGUAUAAGCAGGUCUUUCCUUCAAACCUGGAGAGGGCAACGUUAGCCAUCAUUGGUCUCAUCAGCCUUAAAGGAUCUAUCCUAUCGGGCACAGAGCUCCAGGCACGGUGGGCCACAAGAGUCUUCAAAGGACUCUGUAAGAUACCUCCAUCCUCAAAAUUGAUGGCCGAGGCUACUAAAAAGGAGCAGCUCAUAGAAAGGGGUGUGAUGAAAGACACCAGUAAAGACAAAAUUGAGUACAUUACAUACAUGGAUGACAUCGCUGCAUGCAUAGGCACCAAGCCCAGUCUCCUAUAUCUGUUCCUCAAGGAUCCUAGACUCGCUUGGGAAGUUUUCUUUGGACCAUGUACUCCUUAUCAGUACCGCCUAAUGGGACCUGGAAAAUGGGAUGGAGCCAGAAAUGCCAUCCUGACCCAAUGGGACAGAACACUUAAACCCUUAAAAACUCGAAUCGUCCCCAGUUCCACAAAGUCUACCUCCAUGUCACAUUAUUUCAAAGUCUGGGGGGCACCUAUUCUACUUGCCUCUCUUCUACUGAUCUGUAAAUCUUCACCUUUUUUUGAAGUUGGUGCAAGAAUUUCCUCUUACCUAAAAAGUAUUUGGUGAGGAUGAAUCUGAUUGGUUACAAGGGUUGUCCCAAGCCAUAUCAAUUCUAUCUCCAAAUAUUUGUGCAUCCCUCCUCUCCUCUCCAUCGUAACUGCUAUCAUUCAAGUUCAAGUCCAGUCAUCUCUUAUCUGAAUUAUUAUACUGCCUUCCUCUGUGGUCUCAGUGCCUCCUUUCUUUCCUCCCUUUCCAAUCCAUAUUCUACUCUGCUACUAAACAAUUAAUCUAAAAUAAAAUAUUGUCGGGGCGCCUGGGUGGCUCAG